AUGUCGGCACUCUUUAGCAUAGAUUCUUUGUUUAGAUCACUUGUCCUUGCAGUAUGCACGGCAACAUAUCUGAAACAACAUUUUCCGUCGCUUGUCUCAAAAAACAAAAAGGGCUUUUACUCCGUAUUUCACAAGCUUUCUGUUGUUGGAGAAAGGCUUUCUCCCUUUGUAGCAUUGUCUUGUGCAUUCCUAGGAUUUGGAAGGAUGAUUUCCAUAUUUCUUUAA